ACACACACUUCUCUCUCAUCUCUCUCAUCUCUCUCCCUCUCUCUCUCUCUCUCUCUGCUACGGCCCUACACUAAAACUAAACUAACUCCUCUCUUGUUUCUGUUAACGUGCGCGCCCCCACACUAAACACACUCCGCUUAUCCUGCGCACAUCUCCGAUGGAGGGGAUUUCAAACUGAAAAAGAUCGAAUCUUUCAUCGGAUUCCGUGAAAUGGAGACCCAGAAGAGCACGGCCAAGCUUACCAGAACGCAAUCGUCGCUUCUCCGCUCAUCUCCCACGAUCCGAUCCUCGAUUCAAAGCUUAUCCGAUAUAAACGAGAUCACCAAUGAAGAUGAUUACGACCUUGAAGACCAGAAGUUUCAUAAACCGGGUUUUAGCCCGACCCGACCCGGUUUCACCCGGUUCGGACCGGUGACUGCUUUGGUGUUUCUUUCUGUUUACACGCUUUAUGUUUAUCACCAAGGAGAUGAUAUAAACACGUCUGAGAAUUUACUGUUGGUGUUGGUUUUUAUUGCUGUGGUUGUUUUUAUUGCUGGUAAAAACAAGGGGUUAAUUCAAUUAGGGUUUCUGAUUUUCAGAAAGUUGAAUCAUGAGUGUUUGAGAAAAUUAGGGUUUUUUAGGGAUGAUAAUAAGCCGGUUCAGUGGUUUAUUGGUGAUUCUGAGAAGGGGUUUAAAUCUGGGGUGGAAUUUGAGGAUGAGGGGGAUGUUGUGAGGGAAGGGGUUGAGUUUUAUAGUAAUGGGGAUUUUUAUGAAGGGGAAUUUUACAAGGGCAAGUGUAAUGGGAGUGGUGUGUAUAACUAUUUUGUCAAUGGGAGGUAUGAGGGUGAUUGGAUUGAUGGCAAAUAUGAUGGUUAUGGUAUCGAGAGUUGGGCUCGUGGGAGUCGAUACAAAGGACAGUAUCGACAUGGAUCCAGACAUGGGUAUGGUGUUUAUAGGUUCUAUACAGGUGAUAGUUAUGCAGGGGAGUGGUUUAAUGGACAGAGUCAUGGAACUGGAGUGCAGACUUGUUCCGAUGGGAGUUGUUAUGUUGGUGAAUUUAAGUAUGGUUUGAAACAUGGGCUUGGUUGUUACCAUUUCAGAAAUGGAGAUAGAUAUGCUGGGGAGUAUUUUGGAGAUAAAAUACAUGGAUUUGGUGUCUAUCACUUUGCUAAUUGCCACUGCUAUGAAGGAUCAUGGCAUGAAGGACGUAAGCAAGGUUUUGGAAUGUAUACUUUCCCAAAUGGUGAUUCAAGAUGUGGCGAGUGGGACUCCGGCUCCCUGAAGACUUCGUUACCUCCAUUAACUGAUGCAACCCUCAGAGCAGUUCAGGCUGCUAGAAAAACAGCAGAGAGCGCAAUCCGCUUGCGCCAAGUUGAUGAUCACAUAAAUCAGGCAGUUACAGCCGCAAACAAAGCUGCAACUGCUGCAAGAAUCACUGCUGUUAAAGCAGUUCAAAAAAGAAUCGAUGGCAAAUUUUGUGACACUGACCUGUAGGCCUGUAGGGUUUUAUAUGAUGUGUAAAUUUUACAUAAUUUACAAGUACUAAAAGAAGUUUAACGUCGCCCCGGUGAAGCAUAAGCUGACCAGAGGUUGAGAAGAGUAUGAUUGAGGUCUGGUUGACCUUACUGUAAUCUGUAUAUAAACUAAUUUGUACAUGAAUGGAAGAGUUUUCUGAGUCUUUGGCACCA